AUGGCGACCGUUGCUAGGGGCGGUUUUCUUCGUGGUCGGUCGGGCUUUGACGGCGGAAAUGUUCAGGACGACGCCCGGGAAGGGGCUGGCUUCAUCACCGGGGAGACGCUGGAAGGGGGGACUCUUAAUUUUUCGGGGAGACUCCGGGGGGCCGACAAGAAGUCUGACUCUCCCCGGUGCUGCAUCGGCUACGCCUCCAUUGUCAUCGUUUCCCUCCUCAACAUCUACUACAUCGUCAUCCUGGCCUGGGCCAUGUACUACCUGUUCCAGUCCUUCCAGGAGGACCUGCCCUGGGCCCACUGCAACCACAGCUGGAACACGCCCAGCUGCAUGGAGGACGUGCUGCGCAAGAACAAGAGCACGUGGAUCACCCUCAGCGCCGGCAACUUCACCUCCCCCGUCAUCGAGUUCUGGGAGCGCAACGUGCUCAGCCUGUCGCCCGGGAUCGACCACCUGGGCUCUCUCAAGUGGGACCUCGCCCUCUGCCUCCUCCUGGUCUGGCUGAUCUGCUUCUUCUGCAUCUGGAAGGGCGUCCGGUCCACGGGGAAGGUGAGUCCGGAGGCCGGCCCUCCGCCCCCACCCGCGCGGCCUCCCUGGGUGGAGGCCGCUCCCGGCCUCCCUGCCUCCACCGGCUGUCGCCCGGGCGACGGCCUUUGCGAGGCUCAGGGCCUCCGCUCCAGCCUCCGGGACUCCACAAGUGAGGACUCCGGAGUCCACCCUGAUUGCCCUUUUUUUUUUCUCUCUCUCUGUCUCUCUCUGUCCCCUUGUUGCUUACCUGCCCGGCCGGGCCAGGUGUGGAUCGACGCGGGGACCCAGAUCUUCUUCUCCUACGCGAUUUGCCUGGGGGCCAUGACCUCGCUGGGGAGCUAUAACAAGUACAAGUACAACUCGUACAGGGACUGCCUCCUGCUCGGGUGCCUCAACAGCGGGACGAGCUUCGUGUCCGGCUUCGCCAUCUUCUCCAUCCUGGGCUUCAUGGCGCAGGAGCAGGGCGUGGACAUCGCGGAGGUGGCCGAGUCAGGGCCCGGCCUGGCCUUCAUCGCGUACCCCAAGGCGGUCACCAUGAUGCCCCUGCCCACCUUCUGGUCCAUCCUCUUCUUCAUCAUGCUGCUCUUGCUCGGGCUGGACAGCCAGUUCGUGGAGGUCGAGGGGCAGAUCACGUCGCUGGUGGACCUGUGCCCGUCCUUCCUCACGCGCGGCUACCACCGCGAGAUCUUCAUCGCCGUCAUGUGCAGCAUCAGCUACCUGCUCGGGCUGCCCAUGGUCACCGAGGUAGGCGGCCCUCUCGGGAGGCCGGGGGUGGAGGCCGGAAAGCCACGGGUGAAAAAAAAAAAGACCGGGGAGGCAGAGAGGGGAGGCCUCGAACCCCAGCCUCGCUUUCGGGGUUUCUUCCUCUCUUCUGUCUCGGAGACGGAGCCGGCCUCCGACACCUGGGGCUGCUUCGUGUUCUCCCUGGUGAAGUACGUGCCGCUCACCUACAACAAGACCUACGUCUACCCCACCUGGGCCAUCGGCCUGGGCUGGGCGCUGGCGCUGGCCUCCAUGCUCUGCAUCCCGCUGGUGGUCGCCGUGCGGCUGGCCCAGGCGGACGGGCCGCUCCCCGUGAGAGUCAGGUACCUGGUGACCCCCCGGGAGCCCAACCGUUGGGCGGUGCAGCGCGAGGGGGCCCUGCCCUUCAGCUCGGGGCCCCUGGCCAUGAACGGGACCCUCAUGAAGCCCACACACAUCCUCGUGGAGACCAUGAUGUGAGCUGUCACUCUCCCCUGGUCGCCGUGGGAGACCGCCGGCUGCUCACCGAUAGAUUCUCGUAGGACCAGGUUUACAGAGCUUUAUAAUAAUUGCACUAGAAUUAUUAUUAUUUUUAGGGGAGGGGGGGAAGAAAAUAAUUGUCACAAAAAAGAGAGAGAGAGAGACAGAAAAAAAAAAAAAUCUGUCCUCGUGUGCGUGUGCAUAUGCGUGUGCAUAUGCGUGUGCGUGUUUUGUGUUUUUUGGAUCCCCGAGGGAGGGUGGAUAUUUUGUACAAAAAAGAAAAAAAAAAAACCAAAAGUACAAAAACAACAAAAGGAAAAAAAAAAAAA